AGCAAAAACAGGAAACUCGGCACUGAAAAUAAGAGAGCGAAAGAGACAGAGAGAGAGGGUGUGGGGAUAUCGGGAGCGGUGUCUGGUUCAGAUCCGAAAGUCUAAACUCGCGGGAGAGAGAGCUUGCUUCUCUGUUCAUGGAAAAUGAAAUUCUUCGACAACUUGCCUGCAAUGGAUCUUAUGCGUUCGGAGAAGAUGACCUUUGUUCAGCUCAUAAUACCUUUCGAGUCUGCCCAUAGAGCCAUCUCUUACCUCGGCGAGCUUGGUCUUCUCCAGUUCAGAGAUUUGAAUGAUGAUAAAAGCCCUUUUCAGCGAACAUUUGUUAAUCAGGUAAAAAGAUGUGGAGAGAUGUCACGGAAGCUACGGUUUUUCAAAGAUCAAAUAAAUAAAGCUGGUCUACUACCUACUACGCGCCCUACAUUGCAACCAAACAUUGACUUGGAGGAAUUAGAGAUACAACUUUCUGAGCAUGAAAGUGAACUUAUUGAGAUGAACACAAAUGGAGAGAAAUUGCGACAAGCUUAUAAUGAACUCUUGGAAUUCAAGAUGGUAUUGCAAAAGGCAGGUGGCUUCCUUGUUUCAGCUCAAAGCCAUACAGUUGCACAGGACCGAGAAUUAGAGGAAACUGUAUAUUUAAACAAUCACCAUAUCGAAAGGACAUCAUUACUUGAACAGGAAAUGCAGCCUGGGCCAUCAAACCAAGCUGGUUUAAGAUUUAUUAGUGGUAUUAUUUGUAAGUCUAAAAUUUUAAGAUUUGAGAGAAUGCUAUUCCGUGCUACGAGAGGCAACAUGUUUUUUAAUCAGGCACCAGCUGAAGAGUAUGUCACAGAUCCUGUAUUGGCUGAAAAGGUUGAGAAAACAGUUUUUGUAGUUUUCUUCUCAGGGGAGCAAGCAAGAACAAAAAUACUGAAAAUUUGUGAUGCAUUUGGUGCAAAUUGCUACCCUGUUCCUGAGGAUAUUACCACACAGAGGCAAAUAACUCGAGAGGUUUUAUCACGUCUCUCUGAACUGGAAGCCACCUUGGAUGCUGGGAUUCACCAUCGAAAUAAAGCCCUUACUUCAAUUUUAUCUCACUUAAAGAAGUGGACCGUUAUGGUAAGAAAGGAGAAAGCAGUAUAUGAUACACUGAAUAUGCUCAAUUUCGAUGUGACAAAGAAAUGUUUAGUUGGGGAGGGUUGGUGUCCAAUAUUUGCAAAACAUCAGAUUCAAGAGGUAUUACGACGUGCAACCAUUGAUAGCAAUUCGCAAGUGGGGAUAAUAUUUCAUAUUAUGGAUGCUGUGGAAUCACCACCUACAUAUUUUAAAACCAACAAGUUCACACAUGCAUUUCAGGAAAUUGUCGAUGCAUAUGGAGUUGCUAGAUAUCAAGAAGCAAAUCCUUCAGUUUAUACUGUUAUUACAUAUCCGUUUCUUUUUGCCGUGAUGUUUGGGGACUGGGGUCACGGGAUAUGCUUGUUGUUGGGAGCAUUAAUUCUAAUAGCUCGUGAGAGAAGACUUGGUUCUCAGAAACUUGGCAGCUUUAUGGAGUUGGCUGUUGGUGGGCGCUAUGUAGUCCUUCUAAUGGCUUUGUUUUCUAUCUACUGUGGGUUGAUUUACAAUGAGUUUUUCUCUGUUCCGUUUCGUAUGUUUGGUGAGACUGCUUACAAAUGCCGUGAUCCUUCAUGCAGUGAUGCACGUACAACAGGUCUUAUCAAGUACCGUGAUACAUACCCAUUUGGUGUGGAUCCCAGCUGGCGUGGAAGUCGUUCAGAGCUGCCUUUUCUGAACUCCCUUAAAAUGAAGAUGUCUAUAUUGUUUGGUGUGGCUCAGAUGAACCUAGGAAUCUUAUUAAGUUACUUCAAUGCAAGAUUCUUUCGCAGCUCUUUGGAUAUAAGGUAUCAAUUUGUCCCACAGAUGAUCUUUUUCAACAGCCUCUUUGGGUAUCUUGCACUUCUCAUUGUCAUAAAGUGGUGCACAGGGUCUCAAGCAGACCUAUAUCAUGUCAUGAUUUACAUGUUCUUGAGCCCCACUGAUGAUCUUGGUGAUAAUCAAUUGUUGUGGGCUCAGAGACCAUUGCAGAUCUUGCUGUUGCUUUUGGCUGUUAUAGCUGUUCCUUGGAUGCUUUUUCCAAAACCUUUAAUUUUGAGGAAGAUUCAUUUAGAGAGAUUUCAAGGUCGUACAUAUGGGCUUCUAGGCACAUCCGAGAUGGAUCUGGAUGUGGAACCCGAUUCUGCACGGCAACGUCAUGAGGAAUUCAAUUUCAGUGAGGUCCUUGUGCAUCAAAUGAUACAUGCCAUUGAGUUUGUUCUAGGUGCAGUCUCAAAUACUGCUUCUUACCUUCGGCUCUGGGCUUUAAGCUUAGCCCACUCGGAGUUAUCAACUGUGUUCUAUGAGAAAGUCCUCCUCCUUGCAUGGGGGUUUGACAACAUACUCAUCCGAUUGGCAGGGCUUGCAGUUUUUGCAUUUGCCACUGCCUUCAUAUUACUCAUGAUGGAAACCCUCAGUGCUUUCCUCCAUGCUUUACGUCUUCAUUGGGUGGAAUUCAUGAACAAGUUCUACUAUGCCGAUGGCUAUAAGUUCAGACCCUUCUCAUUUUCCUCCUUGGCAGAUGAGGACGAUUGAGCCUCUCUAAUUUCCUUGAAGGAAACCAUACUUUUGUUUCUCAUUAUCUUGGAAAGGAAGUUUUGAGAGGAUGAAAUUGAAAUCCAUUGACAGCAGUGAACUAAUUUCGCUCAGUCAGCUGGAAAGAAUCCGGUGCAGACUGCAGAGGAUGCCUCCACUUUGAUGCGUGUUUCGCAGCUCUACUUAGAAAUGUAUAUCCCCUGUAUAAAUUGUAUGGGAGGUGCCGAGUAUAGAGAAGUACAGGUUCUACAGUAGGAAGUAGGUAAUCUAUAAUUGUGCUCCUGUAAAUUUUUGUUUUAAUUUUAAU